AUGUUACAACAUCGUAUUACAAAUGGUUCAUCAUCAUCCGGUCGAAAACAACAAACAGCUGUAAAACAUACAGUCGAUCGAACAAAAAUUCAAUCUUGGCAUAAUAAUGAUACUAUUAAUCAUCGAAUUCAUCCUUAUCAUAAUCAACAAUUAAUAAAUGAAAAUACUAAUUGGUUAAAAUCAUCAAUAAAAAUCUUUGAUGAUACUCCUGAAUUAGAUUUAACAUGUCAAGAAGAAAUGCUUACUGAAACACAAUUACAAAAUUAUCCAACACAAGCGUAUGAUCCAACUGCUCCACUUCCAUUACCAGCUGUUCGUAAGCGUACACCAGUAAUAAAAAAAUUACCUACACAAGAUAUUGAAAUUAUUCAAGAUCCUGAUGAAGAUUUUAUUCCUAGUGAAUCUGAUGAUGACGAUGAUGAUGAUGAAAAUUAUUUACCCGAACAUGAUCGUCGUCCAUAUAAUCGUACUAAUCAUAUUAAUGGUAGUAUUGGACGAGGUCGUGGUCGUGGUGGACGUGGUCAUUUAACUUCAACAAAUAAUCGAUUACCACCAUCAACUCAUUUUGUUCGUCCACAACCUGAACCAAUUUCACCACUUUAUUCAUCAUCUUCAACAAAUCUGCAUCGUUAUCAACAGACAGAUUCACUUGAACAUACCUAUGCUUCUACUUUACUACGCUAUUAUGGUACUCGUAAUGGUCAAUCAAUAAAUUCAACUGAUCAUGGAGAUUUUCGUAUUAAAUGUUCUAUAUGUGGUGAACAAUCAUCAAAUAAUAUGUCAUUCAUAGCACAUUUAUGUUCACAUUUCGAAGAUGAUCUUAAUUAUAUAAGUCCAUUUGAUAAAAUCUAUCGUCGAUGUUCAGUAUGUCAUGAAGAAUUUUCAACACCAUUUCAAACAUUAUUACAUAAAGAUCAAGAACAUAUGACUGAAAUCAAUGAAUUUCGUUGUCGAAUUUGUCAACAAAAUUAUCAUAGUUUAGUAGAUUUAUUUGCUCAUUUAAAUUAUAUACAUACUGGUCUUGAUAUGCCUUAUUUCUGUGAUCGAUGCCAUUAUCGUACAUCAAUGUAUGAAGAUAUGGCUUAUCAUAUUCGACGAUUUCAUAAGGGAACACAAUAUUUUUUUUGUCCUUAUUGUUUUCAAUCAGUAUUAUUACCACCAAUGUCUGAUACAAAUAUUCUUAAUUCAACACCUGCUUUUCGUCAUGUUAUACUUCAUUUUGAUAGAAUUGAAAAUAGUAAUAAUAAACAACAACAACGUCGAACUGAAUCCUUAUUUAAAUAUUGUAAUCGAUGUGUACUUCAUGUGAAAUCUCUUAAAGAACAUUAUAAUUAUCAUCAUCCUUUAAAUUCAAAUAUUAAUGGACAAAUGUCAUAUAUUAAUGAUGAACAAUCAAAUUUAGUAGAUUUAAAACGAAAUAAUUAUCAACAAAUCAACGAUUCAUAUAAUCAUCGAUCAUAUUCGCUAAAAUUUGAACGAAAUAAACAAUUACCAAUGGCGACUAUUCGACGUAGGCAAACAACACCUAAUAACUAUGAACAGGUUCAUAUCAAUAAUCGAUGGUAUUCUCGCCGGUGA